AUGGAGCCAGAGUCACAGGCGACUAUUCCCUGUCCGGAAUCACUUGAAAAAAUUUUCCAGAGAAUUGAGGAGGAAAGUGCACAACGAGCGCAGGAAUCUUUUCUGUCAGUGCCCAUCACCGAAGACAGUUCUUCGAGCUCGAAUGCUACUACGCAACGGCCAGCAGGUACUCCUGACGGACAAACACACCGAAGUGGUAAAUCACGGCGGCGUGCAAGUAUAUCUAUAACACGAUUUGGCCAGAUGAAUAGCAACUCAUCAUCCACUAUCCAGCCAACAUCACCGCUGCCAGGUCUUGCAUCACCCAUUUACCAAACACAUCUGCAGACCGGCAGCAGUGACACUUUAUCAUCGGGCCAACUUUCGGACGAAGACAAUGAGGAUGCACAUGUGGAAGACGAUGACCAUGUUACCCAAGUCCAGAGGAUUGCACCGCGACAAAGCAUAGUACGGUCGAUAGGAAACGCGAUUCCUCGGCGUUUGAGCAAAGCACGGUCACGACCAAUAAUGACGGAAGGAGAUAUGUCGAGUAACAUGGUCAUCGGCGUCUCAGUUCAGGCGGCAACAGUAGAAGUGGAUGAAGCGCCCGAUGAAGAACAGCCUUCGACAGGAGCAGUCGUACAUGCCGCUGGUUUGUUGAAAAAUCAAAAAUCCAAGUCGACCUUAAACAGUGUUGGAGGUUCGGGGAAUGGACGAGGAUGGAUCGCGAGAGCGAAAAGUUUUACAAAUAAGCUUAGACGGAGGAGCAAACCUCAACUGACCGAGAGUGACAUGAGAUAG